UGGGAAAGGUGACUGUGGGGUUGAGCCCGGGCAGAGAUGUACAAGGAUUACGGGGCAGGAAGGCAACCCUCUCCCGGACCUCAUCGGCCACGCUUCCUGGGCCUGGCGUCCCCCCUACGGCCGGGCUCCCAGCAGAAGUACCCCUCGGAUCCCGGGGCUGGAAGCAGCAGCACCACCAGCACCAGCGGCUUCGUCCCCAACCUUAAUACCAUCACCACCAGCCACGAUCUCCAGUGGAUGGUCCAGCCCACAAUCAUGGGUGCUUCUCCAGGGAUGCCCCCCUACCCACGGCCCUACCGGUGCCCGCACUAUCCUGCCAGCAUCCGGCCGGGGGUGAUCCGCACCCUCAGCCCCACCUUAAUACCCCGGAGGCGUCACUCUGAACAUCUGACACCCGAAGAGGAGGAGAGACGCCGCUUGAGGCGGGAGAGGAAUAAACUGGCAGCUGCCAAGUGUCGCAACCGCCGGAAAGAACUAACAGACACCUUGCAAAUGGAGACGGACCAGCUAGAGACCGAGCAGUCCGGGCUGCGGAAGGAGAUUGCGGAGCUGCAGAAGCAGAAGGAGCGCUUGGAGCUGGUCCUGGAGGCCCACCGCCCCAUCUGCAAAGUCCCCGGGGAGUCCUCGGGGGAAGAGGAAGAGGGCCGAAGCCAGCCAGCGGCCCCGGACAGGCCCCCCACGAAGCAGGAGUCCCCGCCGGGUCCCAGCAGCGCCCCACGGCGUGCCGCCCCUGUGCCCCCUAGCAUCGUCCUGCCCCCCAGUGCGGUCCUGGAGCCCGAGGCCCUGCACACCCCCACCCUGAUAGCUACUCCCUCUCUCACCCCUUUCACCCCCAGCCUGAUCUUCACCUACCCCACCCCGGGAGACCCCGAUGUGCCCUCCGGCUCCGGCUUCCCCCAGGAGGCCUGCUCCUCGGCCCACCGACGCAGCAGCAGCGGGGACCACUCCUCCGAUUCUCUCAACUCGCCCACCUUACUGGCCCUCUGAACAGUGCCCGCUGCGUCCGGCCGAGCGAGGGUGCUCUAGAACCUUGCACGUCCACCGGGUUCUAAGGCAGCUUCCCUUCGGCCCUGGACCACAUUGGCAGUUCUAGAGUCCUCCGGACCCGUCUGCCUCCCUGGUGCCCCCCAAUGCUGGUCGCAGAACAGACCGGCUUCUUGCUCGGGUUUGUGCCAAACCGAAUCCCGGAGCCAAGCUGCUAGUCCUCAAGACUCGCCAGGCGGCCCUUCCGUUUGCUAAAGAAUUUGCUUCCAGAGGCCCAGAAUUCUGACCAACGCAUUCUCUUCAUAGGUUAAUAUUUACACCUUCACUCCCCCAUUUUUUUUUUUAAGAAGGCACUCCAUUCAUGUGUAAGCAUGUGCAUGUGCGAGCACGCACAAGUUUUAAAAGAUCUGCUCGGUUAGUUUUAUUUUUUCAGGAGAGGAGAGCUGGUCUUGUGGUCGCAAGCAUGACUUGUCCCCUUAGCUAAGCAGGGUCUGCCCUGGUUUGCAUUUGGAUGGGAGACUCCAUGUGUGAGCACUGUAAGAUAUUCCCUUUAGGGGAUGGGGGCCGCUCUGGGAAGAGCAUCUAGGUUCCAAAUUCCCUUCCUGGCAGCAUCUCCAAGAUAGGGCUGAGAGAGACGCCUGCCUGCAACCUUGGAGAAGCCGCUGCCAGUCUGGGUAGACAAUACUGAGCUAGAUGGACCAAGGGUCUGACUCAGCAUAUGGCAGUUUCCUAUGAAUGGGAGGACCCCUCUCUGCACACACUGCCUUGAUACUGCCGCCCAGAACAAAACUCAUCCUGCACCCAGAUGAACAAAAUUAGAGGGACCACUUCUUCACUCCCCCCCCACGCACCCCAUUUCACCAGCCACCUUUCCCAGGCUCCUAGAACCUCUGCUCUAACCCUAGACAUCAUGACUUUGAACAAAUUGGGACUCGCAGGCUGUUUCCAAUGCCCAAGACGACCUACAACCUCCUGGAUGAGGUGGGAAAUCUGUUCCUCUGUCGGCUCUCCCAGGCGUGGAGAUGGUUGAAUGUAGAAAGAUAUUUUUUAUCAUAAAUUUUAUUCUUGUUUUCCA